AUGCCUCUGCCCCGCCGUGUCGCGGAUGAGAUUGUUCUCGUGUCAGCGCUGUGCCACCUGAUUGUCGCCGACAUCGCCGCUCCGUGGUCUGACGUCCUCUACGCCACGGACUCAUCAGAUGCCAAAGGGGCCAUUGUCUCUACCCCCUUCUCGCCUGAGGAGACGGAACGUCUUUGGACAGCGUCCACCAGGCUAGCCGAGCCGGCCAAGCUCCUUUCACGUGAGGCUGCAGCACUUAGGCGUGUUGACCCCAUGACCGAGGAGUUGCCUGGUCUCCCUUUCCCUUCCCACGUCUGGGGUCCUAAGAAGUCCCCUGCCCUUCGUUUUCAUUUCCUUGAAAUCUGCGGCGGGACUGGGAAGAUAGGGGCUUUCCUUGUUAGCAUGGGUUGGUCGGUAGGGCCUCUCCUUGACCUAUCAUCCUCCCCUCAGUACGAUUGGGCAUCGGAUCGCAUCUUUGCCUGGGUAUGCCAUCGCGGCAUUGCCUUCAGCCAGGGAGGUAUUCACG